CUCCCUUACUCCCUCUGCCACUCACUGGGCGGCCGUCUCUCCCUUGUGUUGGUAUCUGUAAUGCUUCGCCUCCAUCGCCCGGCGAUGUCCAAUGGCGGCCUGCUUGGCACCCUCAUAGCCCAACUCAGCGAUUGAGAAGGGCUUGGUCUUCUCUUUGCCGCCCUCAUGCCAGCUGGCUGUCCAUGCAUUCUUCCCUUUGUUGUACCACACGCCCCUGACGCCGCUCGGGUGCUUCGAUAGCUUCCUCACCGACGCACGGCCGGUGCGCUCCAGCUCACAACGAUGCUGCUCCGCCAACGCCUGACAGAUGAAAGCACACAUAUGAGACACUCAGCGGGAGAGGGGAAGAGGGGACGUUGUGCGCACCUUGGCUCUGUCGAAGCCAUGGUCCUUGACAUAGAAGUACUUCUCCUUUUGCUUCGGGUCGCCCUUCUCGCACCAUGUUGCCCUCCAGGCCUGGUUCCCCUCAUGCCAGCGAACACCCGCCACGUCAGACUGAUGCACUGCAGUUGGUACCACACAUAAUCAAUCGCGUUGCGCUGCUGCGGUGGAUUCGCCUCUUGGUCUCCUCACCGGAUUUGGUGAUGACGGUCUUCCCCUUGCUGCCGGCCUUGCUGUCGGUGUCGGCGGCCCACUGGGGGUUAGACAUACAGAUGGACGACCACACACCACCGGCAGACACCGACGCACCAUCCCCCUUGGCCGCCUUGGGCCUCCGGCGUGGCUGGGGAGAUGAUGAGCGGCUGCCGUCAUCAUGGCUCUCACUUCCACCCUGAUCAGACUGGCGGGCCGCCCGGGCCACGCUGCUCCUCUGCCGGGUACGCUGAUCCAGUGUCGCGUCGCCCUCUCGACUCAUACGGGGGCGGGCCGGGAGAUGAGGAGCGGCGGGCGGGGCAGGGCGGGGACAGAGAGGGGAGUCCAACGGUGGGUCGAGCCUGGGCCUCUUGCUGCGGUUGUUGCCCCCGUGCAGAUGACUGUUGCGGUUGGGAGGGACACCAGGGACGCCGCCUUGCCCCUGCCCCUGCUGCGCUCGCUGCAGCCACGACAGAUCGAUGGGCAUCGCCCGAUCGCCCACACGCGACCGGUGGAGCGCAUUGCGGUACUCGACAGCCUCACGGAAGGCCGUGAAGAUGGCCGCGCGGGAGGCGCCGUAGCCGACGGGGAACUGACGCAGAUCGACGGUCGUCGAUGCGUCGUUGUCCCAAAAAUAAGCCUCAUAACUGUAGUUGGUCCGCCACGAGAUGCCGAUACUGACACAGAUACGACAAACGCAGAUGCACAGGUGUCGUCGGAGCGUCAUGCACUUGGUCCUGCUCACCCUCCUCUGUCUGGCGCAUGGAACUCGCCUGGCUGCUGGUCCCUCAUCCACCGCACCAGUGCGCGAGCCAGCGCAUUGCCCGUCAGUUCUCCCGCCACUUGACGGUCGGCUGGGCCGCACAGCUUGGGAGGAGGACUGCGGGCAGCCGAGGCCACACGGCCGUUAUGGCCGCCAUGCCCAUCAACAGAGCUGCUUGGCGUAUGGCGCUCCUCUGGGUCGGUGCACUCUGAGUGAAUGGACACACAGCCAGGCAACCGGAAGAGGGCAUGGGAGAGGGUCUGUUGACGCAAUGUUGCGUCUAAGUGCUGUCUGGCUCACCGUCAUUGCGGUGCGCUGUCGUCGAUGCCUCGGCGUGGGGGAGAGGAAGUGGCCAAUCGCUCCUCUCCUCUCUGGGAGGCCGCCCCGCCCUCAUGGCCUGGGCAGUCACUUGCCCAUCAGACGGCACAUCCACACCUGUCGUCACACACACAGAUGGAUGGCAGUCAGUGAACGAACGAGUGAGACGCACCUGUUGGCAGCCACCGAAUGGCUCUCGUCUGCUGGCCGGCCACUGUCACUGUGACGAUCUCAUACCGACCGCCACUCCCAGGAUCGCUCGCACGCACACCCUCCAGCACAACGGCCAGCGCAGCCGCAUCAGACGUCGCGUCAAGCCGAGCGAUGUCACUGGCCGACUCGUCGGCUGGCUGCCCAUUGCUGUCGGUCGGUUGGGUGUCAUCGGGAGUGCUGCUGUGAUCCAUCGUGCCGUUGCGUCGCCGCUUGCUGGUGCGGAUCGGUGGACGACUGUCAUCAUUCAGCUCGAAUGACGGGGGCGGGGGGGAGGUGGCCGGCCAAUAGUCGUAGUGCCUCUCCUCCAUCGCACGGCGGUGGGGUAUCGCAGCCUGCUUGGCGCCCUCAUAGCCCAGGUCACGCACAGAGAACGGCUUAAACUUCCUCUUGCCGCUGUCGCGCCAGUGAGCGACCCAUGCGUUGUUGCCCUUCUGAUAGUAGACGCCCUUGACGCCGCUCUGGUGCUCCGAUCGCUUCUUGAGCGCCGCCCGUCCGGUGCGCUCCAUCUCACGACGAUGCUGCUCGGCCAAUGUCUGACAGAUGGCGGGAUGGGUGGACAUGACAGAAGGAAGACAGAGAACAGUACGCACGCGUUGAAGUUUGGCAUAUGGGUGGUGGUGGGGUUGGGUGCGGCAUGGUGGGACGGGAUCCACCUUGGCCUUGUCGAAGCCGUGCUCCUUGACGUAGAACUUCCUAUUUUUGUGACUCUUGUCGCCCUUAUCGACCCAUGACGCUAUCCAGGCCUGGUCCGACUCACACCAACACACCCCCACCACCUCAGACAUGUGCUCCGACUGGCGAAUCACUCUCUUGCCCUCCUGCAGGGGAGGGGAACCAUGACAACCCGACAGACAGACAGACAUUAGACAGACGACAAAACCAAAUGCGCCACUGUGCAAAGCUGUGUGUGCGCGUGUGUCGGUGUACCCGAGCUCGGUGUCGAUGCUGCUGCUCUAUCAGGAUGCAGCGGAUAGUGCGAGGAUCAAGGCCGCCAAUCGCUUGAUCUCAUCGUGGCAGACUGGCGCCUCGUGAGUCGCCCCUGCUGACGCGGCCAAUGCAGUGAUCUGACUCUUGCGGCAUGGCUGGAUCUGUGAGGAGGAAAAUGCAAGAGCCAGCGCCCAAAAG